AUGUCGGUCGAACCGAGGGCAACCAACACACCGGGAAGAGGAGACCCGAAACCGACCACGGACCUCGAUUUUUGGGAAUUGAAUUUGAGAGAAAAAAAAACGGAGGGCGGCGAGCCUUGGAGGCCGGCGAAAGAGCGCCGCGAAAGCGGAGCGCCCGCCAGACAGUCGCCAGUUCGACUGGUCGAUGGUGGGUCUUUCGACGUGCUUUCCACCUCGCUUCCGACUGCUUUUUUUCGCCCAAAAAAUUUUUGCUACGUUUCUACCUAAAAUUUCCUGGUAAAAGCCCGAUUUUCGAAGGGAAACGAUUGGUUUGGCCUCGAAAAUCGACCGAAAUCGAGCUGAAACAUUGGUCUUGCGACCUCAUUUCGUUUCGAAAAACAUUCAAAAUCAACUGAAGCAGUUAUCAUUCACGUUGGGAGCGUUUGCGUCGUGGCAAGGUUUUGUUUUGAAUAUCGUCGGCUACAAAACAAGCUGUAUAUAGGUAAGGAUAACUAACGAGGUUAAUAUAGAUAGGCUUAAAUAUUAGCAAGCUUGAUUUGGAUGAGUUUUAGUAUUAUUAAAGUCAUGUAGAUAAACUUGAUCAUUCUAUAAGUUUAAUUAAGGUAAGAUUGAGUAUACUUGGUCUAUAUAAAGUACAAUAAAAUUACUAUGGGUACCCAUCGGGCUAUUUUGGGCUUGGGGGCGGAAGGAGGGAGGGAAAAAAAGCAGGCCAGGCCCGUUUUUUUAUUUUGCUCAAGCCCGGAUCGUUCCCUAUGUCUAGAACUACCCGUCCAUAACUGGCAGUGCAUGAUCAUUCACGAUCAAUUAUGUAACAUGGCCAUUACCGGUCGAUUUUGGCCGAAUGCGUCGAUUUGACCUUAUAAUCUGCCUUUCAGUCGAUUAAAACAGUAUUUUUUCUAAUUUUAUCUUUUUAUAAUAAAAAAAAUGUUCUUAUUAACAAAACUUGGCCUUCUGCACAGAUUUUCCAUGUUUUUUUUAAACCAAUUUUUGUGCGGAAAAAGAGCUUUUUUUGGUCGAUUCCUAUAGGUCUCCACAAUGCGUUAUAUCAAUCUCAGGUCUCCGGAUUUGGUAAAUUUAUCUUUGUUUUUGUUGUUUAUAAGUUUAUUACGUAUUUAUUUGAAUGUAACACUUAUAUCUUUAUUUUUUUAUAGUUAAAAUAAAGUUUAGGUAUUAAUUUUAAAAUUACAUAUUUUUAAAAUAUUUUCUUCAUUUUUCUCUAAGCUUUAGGUAUCAUUUGCAAAAUUUAGGUAUCAUUUGCAAAAAUUAUAGAUUUCACAUCAAAAACUUCAGCUUCGUUCUUAUAUUUUAGGUAACAAUAAUUUUAUUCUUUUGUAACAAUGAUCAUAUUUUUCUAUUUUAGUUAACAAAACAUUUGCUCUUCUAUUUUAGGUAACAAUGCCAGCGUUAUCACCAAAGCUGAACGGAGGAGUUCAAAAAGCUCGAACAAAAACUCAUCUACCGUUUAUAAAAUCAUAUUAUGA